AUGAAAGCUGAUAUAGUUGUGUGGAACUGCCAAGGUGCAGGAUAUCCAAAAUUUCACAAAUUUUUAAAGGAAUAUUUGCGUGAUUUUUAUCCUAAUGUGGUUCUUCUGGUUGAAACCAGAGUUAGUGGGUUUAAGGCAAAAUGUGUUAUUAAAAAGAUUGGAUUGCCAAAUUCUCAUAAAGUUGAAGCUAGUGGUUUCUUUGGGAGAGUUUGGAUUUUGUGGAAGGAUAUUGUUAAUGUGAUUGUGGAAGUUAAUAAUUUUCAAUUCGUGCACUUGAAAGUGAAAUUUUCAGUGGCUUUGUUUACUGGGAUUUAUAGGAGCCCUUGGUGGGUGUUGAGAAAGGAUUUAUGGGUUGCUUUUGGUUAUAUUGCCCAGAACGUUAAGGGUCCUUGGACGUUAGCAGGUGAUUUCAAUGCACUGCUUAAUGAAGAUGAGAAACAAGGAGGUUCAAGGAAAAAUAAUUGUACUUUCCCUCUCUUCCAACAAUUUUGUUUUGAUUAUAGUUUGAAGGAUAUUGGUUUUCAAGGUCCUAAGUUCACUUGGAAUAGAGGUUCUUUGUUUGAAUGCCUUGAUCGUGCACGGUGCAAUUACCAAUGGGAUAAUUUGGUUCCUAACUCGACGGUUUAUCACAUUCAUAAGAUUAAAUUUGAUCAUCAUCCUUUAGCUAUUCGUUUUGGUCAGUAUAAGACUUUAAAAGCCCCUCGCCCUUUUCGUUUCUUAAGUAGUGGGCUUUCUCAUAGUGAUUUUGGUCGAUUUGUAAAUGAGACUUGGAGUAAUGGCGAGCAUUUGGAGGGGAUUCAAAGGUGUCUUGAGAGAUAUCGUUCAAGAAAGCUUAUUGAGUUAGAGAAAAACCUGCAAAUUGAGCUCGAAGGGGUUCUUGACAAUGAGGAACUCCUUUGGAAACAAAAAUCACGAAGUGAUUGGCUUUCGCUUGGGGAUCGGAAUACUAAGUAUUUUCACUGUCAAGCGAGUAAAAGGAAACGAGCUAAUCAAAUUAAUUCACUGAAGAUGGAUGACGGGUUGUGGAGUUAUGAGGAGGAUAGAAUCAAAUGUGAAGUAGUUUAUUUCUAUCGACAAUUGUAUACUAAUGAUGCAACCAAUGUGGGCCUUUUUUUGGUUAGAAACGUGUUCCCUAUUCUUGAGCCCGAUUUGCUUGAGACACUUGAUCGAAGUUUGUCUACUCAGGAAGUUCAUAAUGCUUUGUUUGAAAUGACACCACUUAAAGCCCCGAGGAUUGAUGGAUUGCAUGCCCAAUUUUAUCAGUUGUAG